AUGGGUAGAGUGUUGGAACUGGCCUUGCUUCUGACCACCCUCCUAAGCACCUGGGCAGGAGUGGGACCUGGCCAGGAGAAACAGGUGGUGACAGUAGCAGUGGUGUUUGCCAGCUCUGCACCCCCGUUGCAGGCCCAGGCCCAGACCCUGGCCCGUGCCCGCCUCACCCCUCAGAACUUCCUGGACCUGCCCCUGGAGAUCCAACCAAUCACUGUGGUGGUCAAUGACACCAACCCCAGCACCCUUCUCACCCAGAUCUGUGGGCUCCUGGGCUCUGCCCGUGUCCAUGGCAUUGUCUUUGAGGACAACGUGGGCACUGAGGCUGUGGCACAGAUUCUUGACUUCAUCUCCUCCCAGACCCAUGUACCCAUCAUCAGCAUCAGUGGAGGCUCAGCUGUGGUCCUUACUCCAAAGGAACCAGGCUCAUCCUUCUUGCAGCUAGGGGUGUCCAUUGAACAGCAGAUACAGGUGAUCUUCAAGGUCUUAGAGGAGUAUGACUGGAGCUCCUUUGCGGUCAUUACCAGCUUCCAUCCUGGCUAUGCUGUCUUCCUGGAGGGCAUCCGCUCAUUCACUGAGGCCAGCUACCUGGGUUGGGAAUUGCAGGACAUCCUCACUCUGGAACUGAGCCCCGGCAGUCCCAGCUCACGAGUCCAGCGUCUUCUACGCCAACUGGAUGCUCAAGUGCUGGUGGCAUACUGCUCUCGGGAAGAGGCUGAAUAUUUGUUUGCUGUGGCUGAGGAGGAAGGGCUGGUGGGACCAGGCUAUGUAUGGGUGGUGCCUAGCUUGGCACUGGGCAGCACUGAGGCCCCACCCUCUGUCUUCCCUGUGGGCCUUAUCAGUGUGGUGACUGAGAGUUGGCGCCUGAGCCUGCGCCAGAAAGUCCGAGAUGGUGUGGCCAUAGUGGCCCUGGGAGCCCAUGGCUACUUACGGUACCAUGGAGACCUGCCAGCCCCUGCUCGUGACUGCCAUGCUCCCGCUGAACCUGUCAGCCCUGCUGGAGAAGCCUUCUACAGGCACCUGCUGAAUGUGACCUGGGAGCAACGGGAUUUCUCUUUCAGUGCUGGCGGGUACUUGGUGAGGCCCACCAUGGUGGUGAUCUCGCUCAACCGACAUCGGCUCUGGGAGAUGGUGGGGCGCUGGGAGCAGGGCAUCAUUCACAUGAAGUACCCUGUGUGGCCCAGAUAUGGUGCCUACCUGCAACCAGUAGUUGACAAUCGGCACCUGACAGUGGCCACCCUAGAGGAACGACCCUUUGUCAUUGUGGAAAGUCCUGACUCCAAUACAGGCGGCUGCAUCCCCAACACUGUGCCCUGCCGGAAACAAAGCAACCGCACCGACAGUGAUGGCCCCGGGGACUCCUACACCAAACUGUGCUGCAAGGGCUUUUGCAUCGACAUCCUGAAGAAGCUGGCCAAGGGGGUCAAGUUCUCCUACGACCUGUACCUAGUGACCAAUGGCAAGCACGGCAAGAAGGUGCGGGGCAUCUGGAACGGCAUGAUUGGUGAGGUGUACUACAAGCGGGCAGACAUGGCCAUCGGCUCCCUGACCAUCAACGAGGAGCGCUCGGAGAUUGUUGACUUCUCCGUGCCCUUCGUGGAGACGGGCAUCAGCGUCAUGGUGGCCCGGAGCAAUGGCACCGUCUCGCCCUCUGCCUUCCUGGAGCCCUACAGCCCAGCCGUGUGGGUCAUGAUGUUUGUCAUGUGUCUCACUGUGGUGGCUAUCACUGUCUUCAUGUUUGAGUACUUCAGCCCAGUCAGUUACAACCAGAACCUCACCAGCGGCAAAAAAUCUGGGGGGCCCUCCUUCACUAUUGGCAAAUCUGUUUGGCUGCUGUGGGCUUUGGUCUUCAACAACUCAGUGCCUAUUGAGAACCCUCGGGGCACCACCAGCAAGAUCAUGGUACUUGUCUGGGCCUUCUUUGCUGUCAUCUUCCUUGCCAGCUACACAGCCAACUUGGCUGCCUUCAUGAUUCAGGAACAAUACAUUGACACAGUGUCUGGCCUCAGUGACAAGAAGUUCCAGAGGCCCCAGGAGCAGUACCCUCCAUUCCGCUUUGGCACGGUGCCUAAUGGCAGCACAGAGCGCAACAUCCGUAGCAACUAUCGAGACAUGCAUAGCCACAUGGUCAAGUUUAACCAGCGCUCAGUGGAAGAUGCACUCACCAGCCUCAAGAUGGGGAAGCUGGAUGCUUUUAUCUAUGACGCUGCUGUUCUCAACUAUAUGGCGGGCAAAGAUGAGGGCUGCAAGCUGGUGACCAUUGGGUCAGGCAAGGUCUUUGCCACCACGGGCUACGGCAUCGCUUUGCAGAAGGACUCCCGCUGGAAACGGGCCAUUGACCUGGCGCUCCUACAGUUCCUGGGGGACGGAGAGACCCAAAAGCUGGAAACAGUAUGGCUAUCAGGGAUCUGCCAGAAUGAGAAGAAUGAAGUCAUGAGCAGCAAGCUAGACAUUGACAACAUGGCAGGCGUCUUCUAUAUGCUACUCGUAGCCAUGGGGCUGGCCCUGCUUGUCUUCGCCUGGGAGCACUUGGUCUUUUGGAAACUCCGACACUCUGUGCCACACACUCCAAGGCUGGAUUUCCUGUUGGCCUUUAGCAGGGGAAUCUACAGCUGCUUCAGUGGGGUACAGAACCUCAGUAGCCCCACAAGGUCCCCCAGCCCAGACUUGACAACAGGAUCCGCUCAGGCCAACGUGUUGAAGAUGCUCCAAGCAGCAAAGAAAAUGGUGAACACAGCAGGGGUGGGAAGUUCCCUGGACUGUGCCACUCGCACCAUUGAGAGCUGGGGCAACCGCUGUGAGCCUCCACCAUCUACCUUCUCCCUUCGAAACCCCCAACUAGGCCCUACUGCAUGGCCCCCAAUCCCUAGGGGAGGUCCCCGAGACCCAGGUCAAAGAGGUCAAGGGGGAACAGGUGGGGCAGGGGACCUGAUGGUUCGAAGGGUCCUUCAGCCCCUUGCCCAUGUUGUUUCACCUAACCUGCCCCUGCCGGACAUCUCCCAAGCUCCUGGGUGUCCUGGCAAGGGAUCUCCCCAACGAAUGGGUUCAGGACAUGGAGGCAGGCUCUUUUCAGCCUCGGGUGGGUGCCCACCCCCUGAAUGCCCACUCUCACCCGCUCCCUGUGCCCAUGGAUCCUUCCUCUGGGCAGACCGGACAGGCCGUCCCUUUCUCCCGCUUUUCCCAGAGCCCUCAGAACCUGAGGAUUUGCCUCUACUGGGGCCCGAUCAGCUGGCUCGACGGGAGGCGCUACUCCGCUCGGCCUGGUCCCACGGGCAAUGCCUACGCCAGGGCUCCUGGCCAAGGUCAAUGCCUGAGUAUUGCUCUCAACCUGGCCUGACACCACCGGCAGCCUCGAUGCCUGCCUUGUGCUCUUCCCAAUCCGUUCAGGCCAGGGGGAGCCCUUCUUGUUCUGGCACUGAUGCCCGAGGGGCGUGGAAGCGCUUGGCCCAGGCCCAGUCCCUUCGGCUGCCCUCCUACAGGGAGGCAUGCCAGGAAGGGGUACCUCCUGGUGCUCCUACCAUGCUACACAGACAAUACUGUCUCAACACCUGUGCCCCUCUGCCACUGUACUGGGGGCCUUUAUGUCCACAUACCCCAUCCUGUGCCAACAAGGAUCCCUGGCUCACUGAGACUUGGGGAUCUCGAAAGCACAGAGGCAGGACUCUGGGGGGGCUGGGCCCUGGCUACAGGGACAGUGGAGGGUGGGGGGAGGCAAAGGAGGCAGGGGGUGUAGCCUGCAGAACACACAGUCCCCUAGGACCCUGCAGUUGGAGACGGGUCUCCAGCUUAGAAUCAGAGGUGUGAGUUAGCUGUGCUCCCUUAGCACUCACUACCUGGUGAGUAUUAUAGGAGGCUAAAGAGAUGGCAGGACACAGAUGGUUUCUCUUGAACCCAUCCCAGUCAGAGGGCAAGUGGGCUCUCGAUUCUGGAUCUUUUAAGGUGUAGCCAGGCAUUCACCCCAGACUCUGCCCUGAGUAGUGUUUAAUAGACUGAACAUCCAUGACUUCCAUGGUCAUCCCUGUGAUCCUGACGAUCUGAGACUCCCUCCAGAGAAGAGGGUCAGGAAGGAGCUGCCUUCUCCUUGUCUUACUGUGUGUCUUCCAUCUCCUAAUUCUUUCCCCUCAAGAAUGGGAGUGGGGGAAUGUCAGAGGCACAGGGACACCUGCCCACCCAGAGAGGGCUUCUGGGUGUCCUACUACUGGGCAGUUGGGCCUGAUCUGGUUCUAUAACUGCUUUGGAUUUGGGAAUGAUAGAGCCUGGAGGCAGAGAGAGGGCUGUAAAGGGAGAGUUUUCUCUUCCAUCCA